GGCGUGCUUAUCGACAGACGUGGGUACCGGGAAAGGUGGACCAGCAAUUGAGCAUGUUCAGACUAUCGACAACACUUUAUGGACACGACCAGGACGUGAAGACACUUGCGGCACUCAACGAAGAUGCGAUUGUGUCUGGGUCGAGAGACUCAACCGUGAGGAUUUGGAAUCGUGCAGGCAAAAGCAAAGACUUUGGCAGUUCGAUCAUCAGCUUCAAGUCAGAUAAGUUUGUCAAUGCGUUAGCGAUCUAUCGGCAUGCUGGCGAGGUACUCAUUGCCAGUGCUGGGAAUGACAACAUGAUCAAUCUCACGGCGCCGGGGGCAGUGUUCACGGACGAACAGAACGAGGACGACCAGUAUUGUCUCAUUGGCCACACAGCGAAUGUGUGUACGUUGGACACAUUUGAGGGGUUUAUUUUGAGCGGCUCAUGGGAUAGCACGGCGAAGGUGUGGACAAAGCAAGGUGAGAUCGUGUACGACCUCAAGGGACACGAGAACUCCGUUUGGGGGGCCAAGUUCCUGGGCUCAAACGAGUUCUUGACGUGCGGCGCAGACAGAACAAUUCGCAAGUGGCAGGGAAACAAGCAAGUGAAGUGCUUUAUUGCCCACGAAGAUGUGGUGCGUGACUUGUUGCUCUUGCCGAACGGUGACUUUGCUUCUUGCUCAAACGACUCCACUAUCAAGAUCUGGGAUGGCGUUUCUUUCGAGAACAAAAGGACACUAACAGGCCACCAAAGCUUCAUUUAUUCACUGGAUCUUCUAUCUAAUGGUGAUAUUGUCAGCUGUGGGGAAGACCGCUCCGUUCGGAUCUGGAGAAACUAUGAGUGCAUCCAGGUGAUUACUCUUCCUUGCAUCUCGGUGUGGAAAGUGCUGGCCUUGGAAAACAACGAUAUUGUCACCGCAUCCUCGGACUCCAAGAUACGCAUCUUCACCCGAGAAAGCGAGAGGUUUGCGAAAGAGAACCAGAUUCUCGCUUUUAGAAAGGAGCUCGAAGACUCCUCCGUCAGCGAAUCUUCCAUGUCUAGUGUCAACAAGGACUCCAUUCCUGGCAUCGAAGCACUUCAAACCAACGAACGUAAAAUAGAAGGUGAGACGAAGUUGAUCAAAUCUGGGCGCAGCACAAUUGAUAUAUACCAGUGGUCAGAGAACCAGUGGGUAAAGAUAGGACAGAUGGUAGACGGAACCUCGUCAAAUCAGAAGCAGUUUUACGCCGGAAGCUAUUACGAUUAUGUCUUCAACAUUGAUAUCGAAGACGGCAAGCCGCCAUUAAAAUUGCCUGUGAACACUGUGGAUAACCCCUACGAUGUAGCGGAAACGUUUUUGGCGAAGCAUGAUCUGCCCCACUCUUACUUGCAGCAAAUUGUUGAUUUUAUCAUGCAGAACGCAGAGGGAGUCUCCUUGGAUGCAUCGAGAUCAAAAAGGUCGGGAAUUCUUCCACAAAUGAAGUAUCUCACUUUUGACAAAGCGGAUCAGGCUAAAUUAAUAGCCGCUUUCAAGAAAUUGAACGCCAAACAGCCCGCUGAUAAACAGAUUUUGGAAAACUUUGAAACCUUGCUCAACUGUGAGGAUUACGACGCAAUUCACAGGGUUGCACUAGAUAUUAUUGAGACAUGGGAAGCUGAUACAAAGUUGCUAGGUUUCGACAUUCUACGUGCAAUCAUCGUCUUAAUUAAGCCCUCUGCAGAAUUGUUCCCAAUUAUUAGAACUGGUUUGGAAGCCAAUGGACUCACUCCUAAAAUUCAAAUGAUGACCAUAAGAAUCUUGAUCAAUACCUUCGCUGCAAAGGGGUGGGGUGAACAGAUGAUGCUUGAUGAAGACAUUUUGGAUAUCAUAUUCACAGACUACCUUUAUGAAAAUCUAUCAAAAGACGCAAAGUUUUUGCCUAUAACUGUAUCAACGUUGGUAUUGGAUUACGCCGUUUUGGUCAAUAAAUUUCAACUUACCAAGUUCAAAAAUCGUCUUUUAACAAUCAUCGAAAAACUGGUUACUGUUCCUUAUGUGAUGCAGGAUGAGGAGUCCGCGUAUAGAUUACUAGUUUCCGUAGGAACUCUCAACUAUAUGAAUGGUAUUCAGGAGAAGACAAAAUUUCUUGCACCCUUUGCUCAAUUUAAAGGGGAAAGAUUUGAAGUCAUAAAAAAGGAGAUUUCCGAAUAAUUCAUGUGAUUUAAAUUUUUUGCAAACUAGACUAGACAUACACAUUUAUAUAUAUAAUCAAAUUUGGUACUGUGUAGUAAUUAUAUUGUUUGUUUCCCGUUUAAAUGAUGUUUUUCUCCUUGAAUUGGCUAACCACAUGAUUGUAAACAUCAUCAACAGGUUCGUUACAGUCGACUUUCACGACCUUAUGCUGGUCGUCGAAAUAUUCGACAACUGGCAUACUAGUCUGGAUGAAAGUGGUGAACCUCUUCUUAAUACUUUCAAGGUUAUCAUCGGAUCUUCCAGAAGUUUUGCCUCUGUUUAGUAAUCUCUGUAACAUAACUUCUUCUGGAC